AUGGCAGACUACGCUCCCCCAACGGGACCGCCUCCGCCCAAGUUGCCUGAGGGCUGGAAAGCCGUCUGGAAUCAACAGUACAGUGAAUGGUUCUUCGUCAACAUCUACACCAAGAAGUCGCAAUGGGACAAGCCCACCGAGCCCGUCUACCCGCCCGGCGAAGGCCCGCCAGACGGCCCGCCUCCCUCGUACGCUCCACCUCCCGGCGGUGCAUCGCCGCGAUCCUCGACCGACAAGAAGACGUUCGGCAGCAACAACCCAUACGCGGGCAAAGCCGAUAUAAGCGAGGAUGAGCGCCUAGCGCGGCAAUUGCAGGAGGAAGAAGACGCGCGGGCGCGCGCACACGGCGGCGAUAGCAGAGGCGCGGCGGACGCAUACUAUGGGCAAGGAGGCGCGCCGCAGCCGAACCAGUACGGCGGCUAUGGGCAAGGCUCGAGUCCGUAUCCGCAGGCUCAGAGCCCCUAUGAGCAGCCGGCUACGCAGGAGAAGGGCAAGUCGAAAGGCGGGUUGCUGGGGAAGCUGCUGGGUAAGGCUUCUCAUAGCAGCUCGAGUCACCAGCAGCACGGGUAUCCGCAGCAGGGUGGGUAUGGAGCCCCGCCCGGUGGAUACUAUGGCGGCCAGCCGCAGUAUGCUGCGUACCCCCAGCAGCAGAUGUAUGGCAGGCCCGGGAGAACGGGCGGAGGCAUGGGCGCCGGUGGUGCUGCCGCGCUAGGCCUCGGUGGUGGAUUGGUAGGAGGCGCGCUGAUUGGGAGCGCAUUGGGCGAUGCGGGAGACGGUGGUGGAGACUAUGGCGGUGAUGGUGGCGGCGACUUUGGAGGCGGCGAUGGAGGGGGUGACUUUGGCGGCGGCGAUAUGGGUGGUGGUGAUAUGGGCGGUGGGGAUUUCUAG